AGUAAAUAGGUGUUCAAAACUUCCUACGUUGACGUCUUGGGGAGGAUUCGUACUCUGAAAAACCACUCCAAAGUCAUGAGAUAAGCAUAAAUCAAGACAUUUGACUGCUCACAUUUAUUCUUUGGUUGUUUGACCCGUCUCAGGAGUUACUGGAUGGAACCAAUGGGGAUGGCAAAGUUGGUGGGAGUGUGUCCCAAAGUGGGGACGUGUGAAGUGAACAACCCGUACCAGUUUAAGCGUAGACAAGUACCCCUGACUGCAGACAAUCUUACGAUGGUAAUGGAGAUGUCGGACAUAGAGUAUGAUCAGUGUGAUCACAAUAACAAGAAAGGCAGGAACAAGCACACAGAGAUUGAUUCCUUCAUCGAGAAAUUUAGCGAUCUUAGCCGGGAUGAGCUGGCAGCAGCGUUGAUGAUCCCAAGUAAAGAGUUAUUCGGUCAUUCCAUGCAGGAGAGCGUACCGUGUGUGGGAUGCAGGAGAAGUAUGGAGCAGCUGUUUUCCCGACUGAGGGACCAACACCAUGUGAGGGCGCUAGAACCUCUGGUGAUCACAGGGCAUUCAGAGCUUUCCUUGGUUACAGAUAUGCUGUACGAUCCAAGGAAAUUGUAUAACCUCUUCCACUUACAUGGGUCAAAGUUAGAAGAUCUGGUCAACAUGCUACACAAGAACAAGAAGAAUCGAAGGUGUUUACUGCAUUCAUUAGAUAACCACAAGGCAAAGCACAUAUCAACUUGGAUUGAUGUAUGGGACACUAUGGAGAGACCUUGCAGGGAGGAAGUGACGUUCGUCCAAGCAUCGAGUCUACACAGUACAACAGAAGCAUACCUGCGGAAACACAGGUUCUGCGGCGAGUGUAAGACCAAGGUGAUGCGUGCGUACAGCAUUUUGGUCGGAGAGGUCCAGCCGUGCGAGGAGAAGAGUUACUGUAGCGCCCUCUAUGAGGGUAUACGUUGCUGUCCGCUAGAGAAGCAUAUACACCUAUUAUGCGAGACGGACUUUAUUGGGCGACUCAUCGCAAGAGCGGAGCCAGAACUCAACGGAAUACGGAGAGAGCGGCACGCCAAAACCAUUGAGAUAGCCCAGGAGGAGGUCUUAACCUGUCUAGGAAUCCACAUCUACGAGAGAUUGCACAAAAUAUGGCAGAGUCUCAGAGCGGAGGAACAAACAUGGCUGCUGCUGUUUCAUGUGGGCGUCCAGAAACUGGAAAAAGCACUAGAGAUGGCAUUGGAAGCCAAGCAAGGUAUGUCCAAACUGGAGCAGGUCUGCGAGGAGAUCACAGAAGCCGACCGGGUCAAGCAGCAGAAACGAGACCAGAAGAAACAGCGCCGCAAAGCCCGCAAGAAGAACAAGAACGCCGCAGAGUCUGUGGGGUCAGAGGGCAAAGGUCAGAGGUCACUGCAGCUUUUAUACAAUGAGGCUGAAGAGGGGGAGCAUCAGUGUCAGGUGGAGGGCGGCGGAGAAGGAAAAUUUGUGUGUGAGCAUGAUGAGAAUGACAACAUGGGCAUUCCUUGCAAGGUGUGCGACACAGACUUCAAGUCAACGGCAGACGACAAGCUACACUCGUGUCGCAACGACGCCGACUACUCCAGUGGUAUCGAUUGCGGGGAAGACUGCGGUCAUAGUUCACGAGAGAGUUCGGAUGUUGCGUGCUCAGAGGGGAUUUGUAAUCACGACCAAGACGCUGGUUCAAUACAGGGUGAAUUUUUACAUGAAGGAUCUUGUGGUCAGGAUCUUUCCAUGGAGGAUCAAGAUGAGAUCUGUGUAGAUAGAACGUGUCAUUCCAACGAGGGGUUGUUGUCUCUACAUCAUUCCAAGUGUGACGGCGGUAAGACACUGGACUGUGCCCACUGUGAGGGAACGCAGGAGGUUUCGGAGGAGGUCAAUCAAGUACAAAAAAUCUGUCAGUGUUCAACAGAAGCUCAGCUCAGGCAUGCUGUUGGCUGGACAUCUACUUUACUUGAUAUGUUAGAGGGUUCGUGUUCAUCAGAUGACGAGCCGCAGAUCUCCCCUGAAGAAAUCCGUCGCUUCCGGGACAGUCACAAGUCUCUCGACCGCCAGCGAAAGAAACUACGCGCCAAAAUAAAGCAUCGCUACAACAAAAAGUUUGCACAACAGAACACCGGUCAACCGACGAAGGGGUUCGUGGCACAAAUCCACAACUUAGCAAAUGAGAUCGGGCGGGUCACAGUCGAGUAAAUUCCAGAACUUCAUAAAUCUUGAGGGGAAAAAAAUGAUUGGUUUAGAUUAGAAGGAACAAAAUUUGAAAAUUUGCAAUAAACUAAAAUUCCUCCAAAUCAGUUACCCAGAAUAUCACCUGCUUUGUGAUGAAUUCAGGUUUGGAGAAUGUAGACUUAAAAAACAAUCAAUUAUUUGCACAAACAUUUAGAAUGCACUCAUCCCCCCAAUGGACAAAGUAUUUGAGACCAAGUCGGAUUCAACCUAAGAUGGUAUAGCAGAUGUUGUCAAGUGAAGAAUUUACAGUUUUUCCUAUGUUUCAAAGGUCAACAUGCUAUUUAUAUAUUGUCAGUGCGAAAACGUUGUAGCUCAUAAAAUAGUACUUACAUACUGGGCAAAGUUGAACUUAUCAAAGUGUGUAUCAUGCUUAAAAUGGCCUGCAUUUACACACAAAACAAUUUGCUUCCAGAUGUUUUUGCACUGAGCAUUUUCGUGCAAGAUACGAUGUUUGUGCGAAAUCGAGAUGCAAUGUUUUUGCAAAAUUCAGAUACAAUGUUUUUGCACUGACGUUGUUGCAGAUACCUUCAACUGGUGUGAAAAACAGGAGGUCUAUGGAUAGAGAGAAAUCAGUAAUGUUUCAGCCAUGUGGUAAAAUUUACAAAGAAAAGCUGUUGAGGAUAAAGCUGUUGAGAUAAGGCUGUACCAAUAAAACCAACCGAAAUUGCAAAGGAAUACCAAGAUGGCUGAUUGAGGUAUCAGUCCAUGAUAUUCACCAUUAGUUAUUCAGUAUUGUUUUUUGGCAGAAGUAUUUAUGUUCAUACGAGGAAACGUCCCUGAAACAUGAUGAAGGUUUCAGAGCCUCACACAUUCCAGUUUAUUUGAGAUGACUUUGAAAAUGCCCUUUCCAGCUUUAUUUACUUAGUGCAAAUGCAAUGCAUCAUUUGACUUGACAAGUACACAGCCUAAGUUCAUGGUGCUACUUUAAAGGCAGUGGACACUAUUGGUAAUUACUCAAAAUAAUUAUUAGCAUAAAACCUUUCUUGGUGACGAGU